AUGAAUCAUUCCACCGAAAUCAUACUGACCAUUGCCGGCAUUGUGCUGGUUCAUGGUUUGAUUUUCUAUUUCCUCACCCGCAAGUCUCGUCUGAUCAAGGGCAAACAUGUGGUCGUCACGGGCGGUUCUAGUGGCAUCGGUCUGUGGGCAGCAAUCGAGUGUGUACGCUUGGGCGCACACGUUACCAUCAUUGCACGCAAUCUGUCGUUGUUGGAAAAAGCCAAAGAAGAGCUGGAAAAGAGACGCAUCCGUGACACACAGCUAAUACAGUUCAGAUCUCUAGAUGUGGCGAAAAGCUAUGAAACGGUCAAGAACGCACUGGAGGAAUUGGAACGCUCAGUAGCCCCCAUUCACAUGCUCAUCAACUGUGCCGGUAUGGCGAUUUGCGGUACGCUCGAGGACACUUCGAUCGAAGACGCCCGAAAGCUGAUGGAUGUGAACUAUUUCGGUACCUACUAUCCAACGCGCUACGUGCUGCCCAAGAUGAAGGAAGCGGGCGAUGGCAUCAUUGUAAUAACCGCAUCCCAAGCGGCGCUGAUGGGCAUCUAUGGGUACGGUGCGUACGCUGCGUCCAAAUUUGCACUCCGCGGGCUAGCGGAAACGAUCGCCAUGGAAGCACGUCACCGUGGUGUUAGUGUAACGCUUGCCCUACCGGCCGAUACCGAUACGCCCGGCUUUGAGAACGAAAAUCGUACCAAACCGGAAGAAACGAAAAUCAUAUCCGGAUCGGGAGGGUUGGCUAAACCGGAACAUGUCGGCAAACAACUCGUACAGGACGCACUGAAAGGAUCGUUUUUCUCCAUCAUGGGACUGGAGAGCUGGGUGUUGAGCAUCCUGUGCGUCGGUAUGGCACCGUGGCGUGGACCAUUGCUGUGUUUCUUGCAGUUUUAUCUGCUGGGUCCGCUGCGACUGAUCGGGCUAGCUUUGCAGUGGAACUUUCAGCGAAUUAUAAAGAACUGUGCCAAACAGCGACAGCGUACAUAA